AUGGAAUCGAAGAAAGACACGGUAUAUCAUAAGAAGCAAGCAUCAUAUCAUGAUAAACGAAACAUCCUCAACAAAGCCCAUCUAAUAGAGCCAAUUAUACGACACAGAAUCCAAGAUUCUAUAUUCUACAAACAAUAUCUAUUCUUAUCCAAUGAAUCCACCAUCUUACCGAUAAUCAUCGACCAAGUGAAAUAUAUCUUUGGUACUGAAUCGAAUGGAAGACCUAGUCCUUUCUUAUGUUGUCUAUUGCGAUUGUUGGAAUUAGAACCUAAAAAAGAAAUAAUUGGUGCAUAUUUGACUCAAAUGGGAUAUAAUGAAUUUAAAUACUUAACAGCGUUAUCAUUGAUAUAUAUCCGAUUGGUUUAUCCUAGUCAAGAGAUAUAUGAAAUAUUUGAUGGAUAUUUCAAAGAUUCAAGAAAACUUAGGAUGAAAUUGAAAUCACCGAUUUUUGAUGAAAAGAGUGGACUUCCUGUUAGGUAUAAGUUGACGCAUAUGGAUGAAUGGGUGGAUCAUUUAUUGACCAAGGAAAGAGUGAUUGAUAUAAUUCUUCCUAGACUUAUACCGAGAAUCGUUUUCGUUCAACAGGAUAUACUUCCACCAAGGAAAUAUCAUAUUCAAGAAACAAGUAAGGUUGAAAUCGAUUCAGAUGAAUCGGAACCUGAAGAAGAAGAAGCUGAGAAUGACUCUUAUGAAAGUGAUAGUGAUUGA